GCGCACACGCAGCGGGGGCAGAGGACGCGCAGAGCCGAGUUAACGGGAUCCAUGGAGUGGCGUGUCAGAGUUACAGCUGCGGACUUUUCUGUCUCUUCUCCUUCACGAUGCACUUUAGGACUUCUAUAAGAUGCGUGUGUGUUUCCAGAUAGCCAGCUUCCUGCUCGCCGCCAACUUCUACAGCCAGCUGGGAGCUCAGGAUCCCUCCUGCUGCCAACAUGCCGCAGAGCCAUCACCUUGCAAAGAAGCUUGUGACCAGCUCACCACCAUCAAGAGUGAGUCACGUCUGAAGCAUCUUCUGCAAAGUCUGCCUGGUUACUGUCCAGAGUCCAUGAAUGAACUUUGGACGUGCAUCAACUCUACACUCCCAGGUGUCUCCAGGAAGUCCGAUGGCUGGGUCGGGCUGGGCUGCUGUGAGUUAGCCAUCUCCCCUGAGUGUCGGAGGGAGUGCAGACAGGCGUCGUCUAAAAAUGACAUUACCAAGAUCUGCAAGAAGGUGACAGAGAACUCCCUCUACAGCUGCAUCACCAAAAAUGAAAUGGGUUCUUCAUGCUGCAGCUUUGCAGGCCGUCACACCACAUGCAGAGAGUACUGUGAGGCCAUCUUCAGGACGGACUCGACCCCCACUGAGUCCCAGAUCAAGGCUUUUAAAGGCUACUGCCAGAUCCACAGCCAUAAGCUAGUCGAGUGUGUCAACAACUUCACCGAGUCCUACCCCGCCCGCAGUCCCAUUGACAGCUUGUACUGCUGCGAGCGGGCAGAGGCCACCCACUGCCAGGACGCUUGCCGGAGAAUCCUCCACACCUUGCACACAGAGCACGAGAUCAUAGAGGGUCUGAUAAGCGAGUGUGGUUCCCAGCCCCUCCCUCAGGACCCAAUGUGGCAGUGUUUUCUGGGGAGCGCCCACCCUCUUCCACCUCCUGAGGAGGAACCCCCCCAUCCUGCCAAGAUGGACUAUGCGAAGCUUCACUGCUGCUCCAAGGCGAACACGUCUCUGUGCAGGGACAUGUGUAAAGAGAUCAGCACCCACUGGGGCAGCCAGACAUGGCAGGACUUUGACCAGCUCUGUGAGUACAGCCCGGUGGAGACGGAGCUCAUCGCCUGCCUGGCAGAUGUCCGAGAGCCCUGCCAGCUGGGCUGCAAGGACCUCACCUACUGCACCAACUUCAACAACAGGCCUACGGAGCUGUUCCGCAGCUGUAAUGUGCAGUCUGAUCAGGGAGCCAUGAACGACAUGAAGCUGUGGUCCAACGGGACGAUUCGGAUGCCGUUCAUGAACAUUCCGGUUCUGGACAUCAGGAAGUGUCUCCCCGACAUGUGGAAGGCUGUGGCCUGUUCUCUGCAGAUCAAACCGUGUCACAGCAAAUCCAGAGGAAGUGUCAUAUGCAAGUCCGACUGUGUGGACAUCUUGACCAAAUGUGGAGACAGGAAACGUUUCCACGAAGGACAAACUCCAGAGAGGAUCUGUGAGCUUCUGUCUCCCAUCGAUGAUCCUGAGCGCUGCAUCCCCCUCCAUCGAUACCUCAUGCCCAGUUCCCUUGGCGACAGCAUAGUGGAGGAGGUCAUCCACCCAUGCAACCCCAACCCCUGCUCCAGCAACAACAUCUGCCGGGUCAACAGGAAGGGCUGUGCCGACCUGAGCAGCUGUGAGCCGUACGUCUGUGAGCCAGGUUGUAAACUGGGGGAAGCGUCAGAGUUCCUGGUGCAGCAGGGCGCUCGCAUCCAAGUCCCAACUCACGCUGGUUCUCCUGGCUGCUACGAGGUCUGUGUCUGUGGUCCCAGUGGGCGUCUGGAGAACUGCGUGGAGAUGCCCUGUGUGGACACGGACAAGGCGUGCAUCGUAGGAGGGCAGAGGAAGAACCAUGGCUCUUCUUUCCAGACAGACUGUAACACCUGCAGCUGCUUCUCAGGGGAAACCAUCUGCUCCACCAGAACAUGUCUGGGCUCCAGCUUCUCCAGUGAUGGCCACAUCGCUGGCCUCCCCUGUAGCUGUCCCGACCACUUCAUCCCAGUCUGUGCCUCUAACGGCCGCACCUACCCCAGUGGCUGUGUGGCCCGCUGCAUGGGCUUCAAAGACCACCAGUACGUCUUCGGCCAGUGCCACCUCAGCAACCCCUGCUCCACCAACACCUGCCCCAGAAACCAGAGGUGCGUCCUGAAGCGUCGUGUGUGUCUGAGCAGCUUGUCAGACUGUCAGCAGUAUGAGUGCGUUGGCCGUCCUGGCGCCUGUGACAAGAACGUCUUUGAGCCCGUCUGUGACACCGACGGCCAGGUCCACUCCAGUGUUUGCCACCUGCAGCAGGCGGGCAAGACGCUGGCCUACCGGGGUCAGUGUCAGGAAGCCUGCAGGAAACCUCAGCAAGUUUGUGGUCAUAAUGGUGAGACCUACGACACAGUGUGCCACGCCUUCUCUGACCGCGUGGCGGUGGAUUACAAGGGCCCGUGCAACGCUGUGGGGCACGUGUCUGGCAUGGCCCCUGACUCAGCCUGCAGCUUGGUGUCCUGUCCAGCUGUGUCCACCCCAGGCUGCCACCCCAUCACCCCACCAGGAGCCUGCUGUCCCAUAUGCGCCAGCAUGCUACAGAUCAUCUGGAACCAGAAGCAAAUGAACACCUUUUCAAAGCUGAAUAAGAACCAGUUUGUGACAGUCCGAGACGUCCUUCAGAUUCUGAGGCUUUAUGUCUCCGUGCCACAGUGUGAUGUCUUCGGUUACCUGAGCAUCAACAACCAGUUGGUGGUCCUCAUCGCUCCAGUGGACCACCAUCCAACCCCGCUGCAGGUUGAAGCUUGCAGUAAGGAGGCCGAGAAGAUCGACGCCCUCAUCAACUACGCCAGCCCCACUCUGGUGUCCCACGUGCCCCUGUCAGCCUUCCUGAGCUCUGAAAUCAGGACCUCCUCCAUCCAUUCCAAGAGCUCCGUGCCUUCACCUCCUCUCCUCCUGGCUCUCCUUGCUGCAGCAGCUCCAGGUCUCCUACUGCUCUAAGUGCCUGGCUCUUCCUCCCCUGUGUCCCAGAGCCCCGUCCCCUGGGGUAGAAGGGGGUGGGGCAGCUUAAUGACAAUCAUUGUAAUUGACUCACCUGCGUCGCUACAAUCAAGCUGUCAGAAAAGUUAUUACAGAGCUUUUAUAUUAAAGUAUUAGUGUGUGUGUGUGUGUGUGUGUGUGUGUGUGUGUGUGUGUGUGUGUGUGUGUGUGUGUGUGUGUGUGUGUGUGUGUGUGUGUGUGUGUGUGUGUGUGUGUGUGUGUGAGAGAGACUAAUGUCUGAAUGUGAAACCUCAGCAGUAUUAGUGCCUUGCUCAAAGACAGUCAGCCCUCGACAGAACUGAUCCAGACUCUAGAAUCACUUCUGGCCCAACAGGACAACACACACACACAGAUGAGGAACAUUGAAGGAUAAAUUCUUGUGGAAAUGCAAACACACAGAGAAAUAUGAAGAUCGGAACAAGUUGAUGAUUUGGGGUUUUUUUUCAACAUUUGUAUAGUUUUUUCACUUUUUCACGUUUAAUUUUCGCACUAUUAACAAACACUAUAAAUUAUUACAUUUGAUUACAAAUUAAAAGCAUCAAAAUGUCAAAGUUGAAUAUCACUGAGAUACAGUUCAUCAUAUAUUAAAAAUAAAAUGUAGGGACCACUUUUGUUAUUUAGUUUGUUUCAUUUCCACAUUUAUUUAUUUGUUUGUUAAUCUGGUGUUUUUUUACAGGAAGCUUCCUGUUGGCGCUGCUUUCAGCCCUGAGUCUGGAGCGCUUCUGUUAAAUUGGGUCAGAACCUGGACCCGCAUCAGCUGAUGUGGUGUUCAGGAAGAAUUCAGUCACUCAAACACACCUGAGUCGGGUGUUUUCAGCUCCGUGUCUCAGCCAGACCUUUAUGACCAGGAAGCUCAGAGACUGUGAAGCUGCUUAGUUAGAAUAAAACAGGAAGAUGUUGCAGCUCUUUGCUAGUCCGGCAGGAAACAUGAGUUCACUGAUCAAAUCCAUGGUUUUAUUCAGCUUUCUGCUCCUGAUCACAAAAACGAACGUGAAAAAAUCAGGAUUUUUUUGUGAUUUAGUGCAAACCUUUUGGCAGGGAUGUUUUUAUUUUACCUUGUGUUUACACACCUGCUACCCUUCCAAGGCUGAACUCACACGCACCGUAUAUGCUGCACAUCCAUAAGGACACACACACACACACAGCCAUAUUUCCAAGCGUGGACAAUCCUGAUGAACUCUGUGUUUACCCCCUCUCCCUGUUUGGCCCUCUGGGCCACCGUAGCAGCUUUUCUCAGGUUUAUCGAAUGCUCUUGCUGCCUUCCCAGAGCUUGUCAUUAACAGCUCAUCUCCACAGUCUCCUUAACACAGGAACUCUGUAUGUCAACUCUGGAUGACAAGAGCUGAGUUAAACAAUCAUGACUGACUCUGUCAGAAUUUAUAAAAAUGUUUCAGCUUCAAAAGUAUUUUCUGACUCACAUCUCAAACUUCAGCUCCUGCAGAGGGAAGUUUGCUGUAGGGGGGCGGGGCUUAAUAAGCACCACUCCAACCAAAGUGCCUGUGGGUCUUGGGGCACCUUUAGGACCGGUUUCCUGACUGAGAGAAGAUGACAAUCGGCUGUUGCUUCAGCAGAGUUCUCCUCAUGGUGCCUUCUGUUGGGUCUGAGAUGAAAGGAUGAUGAUGAUGAUGAUGAUGAUGCAAUAACUUCCUGUUUGUUCAGGACACUUGAUAUGAAUCUGAUGAUCACCUUUGUGACAAUUUCUUUAUACGUGUGUGUGUGUGUGUGUGUGUGUGUGUGUGUGUGUGUGUGUGUGUGUGUGUGUGUGUGUGUGUGUGUGUGUGUGUGUGUGUGUGUGUGUGUGUGUGUGUGUGUGUGUGUGUGUGUGUGUGUGUGUGUGUGUGUGUGUGUGUGUGUGUGUGUGUGUGUGUGUGUGUGUGUGUGUGUGUGUGUGUGUGUGUGUGUGUGUGUGUAACAGUAUUAGUGCUGGGCAUCUCUGCAGCAGGGAGCCCUCACCUAUAACUAUUUGUAUUUUUAUUAUAAUUAAUAUUAUCUCUACUAUUAUUGUGUCAAAUUGUAAAAGUGCUUUUGUUGUUUUGAUUGUUUUGAACUUUAUUUACAGAAGAAUAUUUUCUGAUCAAUAAAUUUUAUCUCACAUCAUGUCUUUGUGAAACGGAGCGCGUGUUUCAGAGUCUAACCCAGGGCCUGGACCGGUUCUGAGUCUGAGAUGAUGUUUCUUCUGCUGCUGGAAUGAGUUGAAACCUUCCUGAACAUACACCAAUAAAACCAAUGUGGACAACCACACACUGAACUAAAAUCCCUGUUGUUCAAAACAAUAACAGAAGCCAACAGAACGAGGCAGCCCAGGUUUUGUUUUGAAAUAAACCGGAUGCAGGCACACUCA